AUGGGUGCCAAUCUUUCAAAGGCACUGGGGAAGAUAUUCGGAAACAAGGAGAUGAGAUUGUUGAUGUUGGGGUUGGACGCUGCUGGGAAGACAACUAUCUUGUACAAACUUAAACUGAACCAAUCUGUCACCACUAUACCAACAGGUGCGCUUGCCCUUAUCUUUAAGCCUAGAGACAACGUGUCACCCCCCCUCAACGUUGGAUUCAAUGUAGAAACGGUGACUUACAAGAACGUGAAAUUCAACGUCUGGGAUGUCGGAGGCCAAGACAAGAUUCGGCCAUUGUGGAGGCAUUACUACACAGGCACACAGGGUCUGGUAUUCGUUGUCGACAGCCAAGACCGGGAGCGAAUUGAUGAAGCCAAGCAAGAACUGCACCGGAUAUUAAGUGACCGGGAAAUGAAGGAAUGUCUUUUGCUUGUAUUCGCCAACAAGCAGGACCUUCCGGGAGCCAUGUCACCUGCUGAAGUUACUGAGAAACUCGGCCUACACCGAAUGCGGGACAGGUCGUGGUACGUUCACCCAAGCUGUGCAACGACCGGCGAAGGUCUUUUCGAAGGUCUUCAGUGGCUCUCACAAAAUGUCAAGAAGCGACAACCGUAG